UCCAGUGCAUCUGUCAGGAGUGCUUUCCCCUCCCCUCUCCACAACGUUGUUCCUGACGAGGAACAGGAAAUUGAUUUUCGUGCAGGUCAAGCCAGUCAAAACAUAAGAACCAGACCAACUGCUGCUGCUGCUGCUGCUACUGCUGGUAAAGCAAUUCCUGAGUGCCGAUGCACCGACUGCAGCUGAGGUUCCUAGUGCUAGAGCCCUAGGGACGGGGGGAGUUACGUUGCCUAUCCUGUGCCAAUCCUUUGCAUCCCGUAGCGCACCGGGUGUGUAGCGAGUGUGUACGUUGCGGAACCUUGUGUUUUGCUGCCUUUUUGGAAUCGAGCCUUAGACGAACAAGUGUUACAAGAUGCGAUGCUCGGUGUGCAAUUACUACACGUGGAGUUACUUCAUUGCGCUCGGCGAGAUCUUCAUAUCCUUCCACAUUGCCCGGGCAUUCCUGUAUUGUGCCCGGGCUAGUACGAAUGAGGCGGCUCAAGAGCUGGGUUGUUAUAAUGGUGCGAUUUGGGGACAGGUGGAACCCAUCUUUGUGCUGCUGCUGCUGUACAAUCUGCUGUCGUUGCUGCUGAUGAUUGGCGUGUCAAAGCGCAACGAGAAACUGCUGCAGAUCUAUCAAACCUGUACCAUAACGCUGAAGGCGUCCGCGAUUGUGCGAAGGAUAGUGCUCAGUACCACCGAGUACAAUGAGAGUAACAUCGGCAAAACGGUGCUGGAGCUUAAAAUCAUUAUCGUAUUCACGCUGAUUUUCACACUGGAAGCGCUCGUCGUAGCAGGCGCUUGCCGGAAAAUGCGCCGGGAACAGCAGGACCAUCUGUACUACAUCGAUGUGGUCUAGUGAGUCGCGCUGUACGACAGUGUGAUGACCGAUAGCCGAUGAAAGCGCUACUCUAGGCGCGCGUAGUAGACUGCCGCCUGACUGUAGAAGUAGUAGUUUGGGGGAUCGAUCGCCCAAACACCGUUUUGCCAACAGAAGCUAUCCCGCGGUGAUGCGGGAUGUUUUAUGCUGUAGGAUCGAGAACACAUCAUUAUUCCAUCCAAACCAACCGUCUGGAUCCGUUCCGUUCCGGUGGAAGGAGGAAUUCGAGACGCAAGACACACGUACACGUAAACGACACACAAGUCGUGUAUUUACAAUCGGACAUAAUGCCGCAACAUGUGCACCGAUAAGACCGAACUGAUGGCCGACUUCUUGCGAGCGAGCAGAUGGAAGCCCGCCUGGUGUCUGGUAGUUUCCGGUGUAUUCUUAAUGCUUUUUAAAACGAGAAACGAAUCGAGCACGCGGGAGUAGAGAAAGGUGAUCAAAAUUUAGAAGAAAUUCAACCAAACCAAGCGCCUGUGGCCUGUGACGCAUUCCGUUCCCCAACUUUUUUGGUGCAUUUAGAAAUAAAGGAA